AAAUAUUUUACCCUUCGAAUGGACGCAAUCAUUGCUCAUUACAAUAAAACGCCUAUAAAUUGCAAUGUUUACGGCCUUGUAAACCUAAAAGUGGCAUGCAACGAUCUGCUCGUGGAAUAUCUCAAAAAAGAGAAGGGCUACCAGCAGAGACAGACGUACACCGACAUGAAAAUAGCGGUUGGUCUGAUAUCCGUGGUGUGUGCGAUACUGACGUGUUACAUGUCCUUGCACUACGACUUUGCCGAUUACAGGAAGGCGCUCGUCGUGGUCCUUGCCAUUUACUUCUCCCUGAAUUUCAUGCUGGAGAUUUGUUUGCGGUUUUUUGCGCGUAAUACCGUGUUUGAGGGAUACAACAGGGAGGGAUCGAUACGUAUUGAUGGGUUUAAUAAGGCUGUUGACACCAACUACAAGCUCAUAAUUUACAAGAAUGGAAAGGCCAUUCCUGGUAAUUUCAGCAAAAGCAUUUACGAUCUUUAUGACGAGUCGGGGGUGUUGGAUCACGAAACGUUUUUGAGAGAAGUUGCGCAGGUGUUUGCUUAGUUAAAAGUGUUUAGUAAACUGCAUUGAGUUC